AUGAAAUUGGCAUAUGAUCAGGAACAUGCACAACUGGAGAACGCUGAGAGAUGGGCGACUGAAGACAUAUUGAAUAGAUGUGGGGUUCGCCAUAAACGGGAGUACAGGCACCGCACCACGGGAAAAGGGGCACAGGAGCUGGCUGGCACACUGCUUUUUACCGCCAAAUGGAAGCACAAUAGGGACAUACCCAUAACCCACUACCAAGGUAGCGGGAAUAUGACACAAGAUGAUUAUUACGACCGUUGGGGGCUGUUGGGGGUUUUUGCUGAUGCUAGGCUCCUGGCAGUACAACAGUAUCGCAGAAGAAAGAAAGUACUCUUUGGGGAAGACGUUGCGACAUGGCCUGGAUUCGCUCGACGCUAUCAGGACCUUUGGAAAGAAUCGCCGAUCGGUUCUGGUCUCUCCGCUGUUCUCUAUUGGAGGUUGCCAGAGAUAGAACUGUGCUUGAAAGAUGUGCGCUCUUCAAAUGGUUCGGGCCGAGCGCUACUCGCUGAUGACCCUGUCAUCAAGCUUCACACCAAGAAAAGUAUGCGCCCUCUCCCGCCCCAAGGCGGGAUGGAGUGGGAUUCCUAUACAUGGGCACUCAGAGUCAUGUUUAGGGAUGUGCACCGUACCGUUACGGAUACGGCCGUACCCCUGACGGAUGGAUACGGAUACGGAUGGACCGUGUCCGUACCGUAGGAGCAAGAAAAGCGAGGUUCACGGUACGUACGGGUAUAUGUACGGACGUAACGGCCGUAUUACGGUCGUAGAAUACACUCAAAAGACCUGCAUGCUCUCCGCAGCAUAAUACUAAUAGUCAUUGUCGUCUCCAUGUAGAGAAAAGAAGAUCUACUAUAAAAAC